UUGUUGUUGUUGUUGUUGUUGUUGUUGUUGUCCUCCCUGCUGCCCGUGCUGUUGGUGUUGAUGAUGAUGUGCGGUGUUGGUGGGUGUCCCAUGCGAGGUCAACACCACCUGAUUCUGUUGAUGCGGCUGCGCGAACAGGUCCCCGACCAUCCCAUACCCGAACGGUUGCUGAGUAUUCGUAUUCGCAUUCGGAUUCGCAUUCCCGACCUGAUCAAAGUACCCGCCAUACCCGUCGGCAGCCACCGCCGCAUGUGCAUGGGGUGUAUAUGCGCCCAGGGUGUAUUCCGAUCCGGGCGUGUAUUCCGUUGCGGGUGUGACGACGGCGGGGGGGAGGAAGUAGGGUGUUGGUUGCAGAUUAGUGCUGUCUUGUUGUUGCUGUUGGGUGGUGUAGUGGGAGGAAGGGAGGAGGAUCAUGUGCGGCGAGUGAUGCGCGGGGUUGGGGUGGGGCGAAUUCGUGAGCUGGUCAGCGAAUUGAAGGAGCGGGGAUCGGUUGAUAUGUUGUUGUUGUUGUUGCGUAUUCGGAUUCCCGUUAUUCGAUGCUGGGUGAAGACCGUGCUGCUGUUGAUGUGGUUGAUACCCGACGUGAUGAAACACGACUUCAUCGGGUUCAGGCCCGCUGGUCAUGACCAGCUGCGAGAAAUCGGCGUAAGCUGCGUCGAGCUGUUGUUGUUGUUGUUGUUGUUCUUGUUGUUGUUGUUGUUGAGUGGUUUGGGGGAGGUCGAGCAUGGGUAUCGAGAGGGACGUGACGUCGAGGCCCAUUGCUUCGAGAGCAGUCAUUUCCGGUGUCGGUUCGUGUUGUUGUUGGUUGGUGUAUUGCGGAACGGGGCUUGAGUGCAGGACCGGCGGGGCGGAGGAGGAGGAGGAAGGGGGGUAGAUCAUAUUUGAAGGCGGGGUAUUCUGCACGACCUGGCUGCGGAGAUCUGCGAGCAUCCCUUGCAUCCGUUCGACGUCCUGUGAGAGGGUGGAGAUAGUGUUGAGGAGGGCUUCGUCCGGUUGUUGUUGCGGUUGUUGGUGUUGUUGGUGCGGUGUGAGGGUUUGUUGUUGGGGGGACGGCGUUGGCGUGUGGGAGAAGGCGAAGCCGGGGGCUCGGCUGCGGGGUAAUGACAUUUGGAGGCAGUCGAGGGUGUGUGUGAGAAUGAAACUUUAUUCUAUGGAAGACGGGGCCGUGUCAUCAAAGGGGGGGGGGGGGGGGG